GUCACGUGUAAUAACCGUCUAAUAUAACGCCGUUAACAGUCACCUACAAAAAACCAGCGUUAUAUAAGCAAAACGAUUUUUCUUCCUCCUUCACUCAUCAUUAUCAGAUCCAUUCAUCAGCAACACAACUUUAAAGCUAUGAUGCCUUCUAGGUCGGCGACAACAACAGAAGCCCCGACGACGACGGGAACAACGUCGUCGUAUUGGUGUUACAGUUGCACGCGUUUCAUCAGUGUUUCAACCGGCCAAGACGCUAACUCCGGCUACCUCUUGUGUCCUUAUUGCAACGGUGGUUUCAUCGAAGAGGUUGAAGAUUCUUCCGCUGCAGAAGCACCAGCGACGACUCCUGUGUCUCAGAUCGAAGAUAGUCAUAGAUCUGUAAUCAGACGGCGGAGAUCCAACCGCCGCACUUCGUUUAACCCGGUAAUCGUCUUACACGGUGGAGCCGGCGGGGAGAGAGUUGAGAACGAGGAAGGAGAUAGUAGAGAUCGACGCCCUUAUGAAUUCUAUUACGACGAUGGAUCCGGUUCGGGUCUUAGGCCGCUUCCGGAUUCUGUAUCCGAGAUCUUGAUGGGAUCUGGAUUCGAGAGGUUGCUUGAGCAAUUGAGCCAGAUCGAAGCGUCGGGUAACGGAAUCGGUAGAUCAGGGAACCCUCCGGCGUCGAAAUCAGCGAUUGAAUCUUUACCUCGAGUUGAGAUCGGAGAAUGUCACACCAAAGCGGAGGCGAAUUGCGCUGUGUGCACGGAGGUUUUCGAGGCUGGAGUGGAAGGGCGUGAGAUGCCGUGUAAACACAUUUUUCACGGCGAUUGCAUCGUUCCUUGGCUUUCGAUACGGAACUCCUGCCCUGUUUGUCGAUUCGAAUUGCCUUCGGACCCGAUUCAAAGGAGUAACGAGGAAGAACACGCCGUUGGGAUGACGAUCUGGAGACUUCCCGGCGGUGGAUUCGCUGUUGGAAGGUUUAACGCGGCGAUGAGAGAAGAGGAGAGGGUUUUGCCGGUGGUGUUGACGGAAGUGGACGGUGGUGGGCUAGGGAGUAACGAGGGCCCGAGACGAAUCUCGUGGGUUAGGGAUCACGGGACACCGGAGAUUAGCAGAAACGGUGCUCGCUCCGGUAAUGGAGGUAGAUUGAGGAGAGCAGCUCGGGGAAUGGUUUCCUUCAUGCGGAGGAUGAGACCAAAUCGUGGCUCCUCUUCUCCGUCUAUUAAUUUGAAUACAGACGGCGAACAUAGGGUUAUGAAUCGGUCGACGUCGUUGAUUAGAAGAUUUUUCUGAGUUGAUGGAGAAAUCAUCGAUCAGGGUCUAGGGAAAAAAAUGUUCAAAUUUUGGUAUUGUUUGAUUCAACAACGUAUAUAAUUUUUAGAAGAACGACUGGAACCUGAUAGUACUUUUUGUCUUCUCCUUCGUUAUUCGAUUAACUUUUUACGUCGGAAACAAAAUGUCAAAUUCAUCUCCUCUAUUAAUUAAUAUAAACUAGGCGAAUAGGGUAAGUUUGUUUUGUUGAUACAUUAUAGUGAUGAUUGUUUGUUUGGUUUUUAGUUUUUGGCUUUUGAUUUUUAGAUUUUACUUUUGCCGUAGAUUUUAGUUUUCUGAAAAAAAAUGAAUGGUGAGUUAGUUUUUUUAUUUUAAUUUCUUAGAUGAUAUUAAUAGAUAAAAUAAUAACCAUUUUUGUUUUUGUUUUUCAAAAUUAAUUUUUAUCCAAUCAAGAUUUUGGUUUUGCUUUUGGUUUUUGUAAAAAUCAUUUUUUUGUCAAUCAAGUUUUUUGAUAAAUAGAUUGCCUAAAAUGUAGAGAAACUGGUUUUCCAAAAUUCUAAUCACUUUACGAAGAGAAACCAAAAACUCAUUUUUGUUGGUUUUAACAAUAAAAGAUUUUUUUUUUCUUUUUAUCAAAAAGUGGUACAUUUUAAUUAGCUAAUAACUAAAUAUUAAUACUUUAUAAAGAUAAAUGUCUAAUAAAUUUUUGGUACAAAAUAUAUUAUUUAAACAAUAAUGUGUAAUCAUUUAUUUAUGUUUCAUGUCAAAAUAAUUUUCUAUACUUA